ACCAUUUUUGAGAGAGUGAGAGAGAGAGGGCCUCAAUGCUGGGGCGAAGUUUGAAUCAUGACUCCUGACCUCAUCUCAAGAUCCCUGUAGCUGCUGCCAGCCCUGCCAUGGAGAAACUAUUGCCGCUACCAGGAGGGGAGGAUGAACCCAUUGUUCCUUAUGAGGGGCACCUCCGCAAGGACUGCUGUGAGAGGGUGGUAAUCAAUGUUUCUGGCCUACGCUUUGAGACUCAAGUAAAAACCUUGCGCCAGUUCCCCAAUACCCUCCUGGGUGAUCCACGACGUCGUUUGCACUAUUAUGACCCGCUGCGCAAUGAAUAUUUUUUUGACCGCAACCGGCCCUGUUUCGACUCCAUCCUAUAUUACUACCAGUCUGGAGGACGGCUCCGGCGACCAGCCAACAUCCCUAUUGAUGUUUUUUUGGAAGAACUCAAGUUCUACCAGCUGGGAGAUGAAGCUCUCACUAAGUUCCGUGAUGACGAGGGUUUCAUUAAGGAAGAAGCCCAGCCGAUGCCAGACAGAGCCUUCCUCAAACAAGUGUGGCUGCUUUUUGAGCAUCCAGAAACUUCCCAGGCUGCUCGCAUCGUUGCAGUCAUCUCAGUGUUGGUCAUUCUUAUCUCCAUUGUGAUCUUCUGCCUGGAGACCCUGCCUGAGUUUCGGGAUGAAAGGGAUGCAUCUUUGCCGCUUGUUCAUCACCGCCUAAACAGCAGCGUCCACUACGCCCUGCCGCCACCCAAGCCUCAUUCUGAAGAUCCCUUCUUCAUUGUAGAGACUAUUUGCAUCUGCUGGUUCUCCUUUGAGUUCCUUGUGCGGUUUGCAGCCUGUCCAAGCAAGCCAGCCUUUUUCAAGAACAUCAUGAACAUGAUUGAUUUUGUGGCCAUCAUCCCCUACUUUGUAGCUCUUGGCACUGAAUUUGCACGCCAGCGUGGUGUAGGCCAGCCUGCUAUGUCUCUGGCAAUCCUCAGGGUCAUCCGUCUGGUCCGAGUCUUCCGAAUCUUCAAGCUUUCCCGGCACUCAAAGGGCUUGCAGAUCCUGGGGCAGACACUCAAGGCCAGCAUGAGGGAGCUGGGUUUGCUCAUCUUCUUUCUCUUCAUUGGAGUCAUCCUCUUCUCAAGUGCUGUCUACUUUGCUGAAGCUGACCAUGAAGAAACAAGCUUCACCAGCAUCCCUGCAGCCUUCUGGUGGGCUGUGGUCACCAUGACAACAGUGGGUUAUGGUGACAUGUCCCCGGAGACUGUAGGUGGCAAAAUUGUCGGUUCCUUGUGUGCCAUUGCAGGAGUGCUCACCAUUUCCCUCCCAGUGCCUGUCAUCGUUUCCAACUUCAGUUAUUUCUAUCACCGUGAGACAGAGGGUGAAGAGCAAAGUCAGUAUGUUCACAUCACCACUUGCCCGUAUACUCCGCCACCAUCUCCAGCCCCAGCCGCAAUCCGUGAAAAGGCUCGACUCAGGGAAAAAAAUCACUCUGGAGAUACUAACAAAACUGUGCCCAACUCAGAAUUUCUUGAUGGAAUGGUGCCUAUGGGCAACUCAGAAGUGCCCAACAAACGUCUUGUGACCCAAGUGUGACUACCUGUUCCAUCCAUUUAAAGAAGUUGUCCCCAUCCCUGUGCCCUUCCCUUCCCUUCCCUACAUCUCAGUGUCUUAAACUAGAAGGCUGUGCUGCUGCAUAAUAAGACAGUUAGUCAAACAACUGGACUCUUGGGGCGGUUAAAACCCACUGAUAAUAACUAAAGCAAAGAGAAAAUUUCAUAAACGUUUGGGAGAAGAAUUUGGAAGGAGACAGCCCUGUCUAAAUUUGGGAUAGGACAAGUCAUGGUAGGUUGCUACUGGAGCAGACCUAUGGCAAUGGGAAAGCAAAAGGAGUUGCACAGACUAUGUUGCAGGGUGAAACUUUCACAACACACACACACACACACACACAGAGAGAGAGAGAGAGAGAGAGAGAGAUGCUGUGCUCCCUCUUUGGUUGGUUUAAGGUGCUGUCCAUUUAGAAAAAGGACCUCCUCUCUCACUUCUUUUUAUUCCCUUCCCUUCCCUACUCAAGUCAUUUACCAUUCUUCCAUGACUCAGAGAGCCCCUGGCAUGAAAAUGCCAUCACGAAAUCAUAGCUGUGUAUUCUUGAGUUACAUCUCCUGGACCGUGCGAUGGAACAUACCCAGAGUGACGGGGCCCCAAAUAGCAAGAGUGGGAAUAAAUAAAAGAAUGCAGUUGCCCAGCUCCUUCAGCAUCGGGGUAUCAAAGGAAACGCGGUCAUUACACUGAGGGACAACUGUAACUACAUCUCCAGAAUGAAGCUGUCUGCUAUAAAGGAGCUGUCUGCUUCUGCGUCUCCCACAGGAUCUCCUUGUUUUUAAAUCCUACAGAUAAACAGCUGUUCUCCAUUUUGCUGGGAACUCAUACCGGAGGGCCUGUUCUAAUUUUGUAGGCUGCAACUACUGUAAUGGUUAUGUAACAUUUUCUAAAAUUUGCUUUUGGACAAACCACUUCCCAGACUUAGCACAAAACCAUCAUUUUGUUCGGCCCCAAGCAAUAAAGGUUAAGAGACGGUCAACAUCUUCUCCCUCUGGAGAGGCCACUUCAGUACAAGACAAAGGAAACCUUGUGUCCCAUUCAGACCUACCAUUAGGCAGGGUGAGGCAGCCACCCCAUACAGCUAAGGUUCAGUGUCACAAAAAAGUGUGGUCAUUUGUUAAUUAUUUAAUUUAUCAUGUUUUUCAUUUUACUGUCAGGAAAGGAGAAAGGAACUCAUGCAAUUUCCUGCCCCAGAUGCCAAAAGAAUUUGGCUGGCCUUGGAUUCUGUGCACUUUAAUUUGGAGAAAGGUCCCUUUUGCUGUUUCUCCUUCAGGCACCAAAAUGUCUUGGGUCAGCCCUGGUAAUUUCUAAGGGUAGAAGUUACCCAUUUAUUUACAGUUUCUUAUUAUAUAUGUUUACUAUUAUGCAGAGAAAGAGUGCUAGAUUAUUAUUUGAAUUCUCUACCUGCAUCCUGAACUGUUCUCAGGCAACCCAACAGUAUCUCCUUGCCACACAAUCUGAGUUGACACAAUUGUUCUUCAUCUAGUACCACUGCCUUUCAUCUGUGUACACCCAAAUCUACUUCAGUGUAGCUAUUUUCGUAUCCAAUCGGGCAGAGUACAGCCCUCUUCCAAUGCAAUCCGAGCCGCAACAAAAUAUUCCAUUCUAAAUUCAGUUCAACCUUGCACUAAUCUGGAACUGUUAGUGAUCAACUGAUCUCUGCUGUAUAAGGUUUUCUCUGGUGAUGGAGCUAAGAUAUUGGUGCAGGAGAGGAAAGUUAAAUAGUUUUCAAAAGUCUUAA